AUGUCACACUCAAUGAAAGAGAAAUUCAAGAAAGAUUACCAAUUGGCAAAUUACUGGUAUUGGUUGUCCAUUUGGAAAGCAAGAAGCUCUGUUUAUCCUCUCAAAUAUGAGGUUUCCAAUUAUGCAAGGGAAAGGUCAAAGCCAAAAGAUAAGGAAAAUUUUGAUACACAACAUCAUGGUUCUGAAUUGAAAGCUAAUAUAUCCAAGAAUGAGAGGAUUUUCUUUAAAAGAGGAAAUAUAAAGAAAUCUCCACCACAAUUUUUGUCACCAUUUGAUAUUUUUCCAAUGGAGAUCUGGAUGAACAUUAUGGAUUAUGGUGUUUCUUUUGAACUUAUAAAGUUGAAUAAAGCCUUCCUUGAACAAUUUGCUCCCAUAUUAUAUACAGAAAUUAAUGGGCUAAUGGUUUUCAGUGAUCUUAAAAAGUUGAAAAAAAAUGAUGACUUCUUCUUGAAGUUUGGUCCUGAAAGAAAGGGUAAAAUGGGGAUUAAAGGUUAUGAUAUUUACAAAAGAAGAUUAGAAUCUCAAAAUUAUGAUUAUGAAAUGUUAAAUAUUGACCAUAUAGACUGGGAAUUCUUAUUUUUCGACAAAAAACAUCACAAAUGUUUUUCUGAUCAUAAAUUAAAUUACAUUACAAAAUCAUCAUGUUUCAAUAAAAUUUCAAUCAACAUAUUACAAAAUGAAACUUCGAUCAUGAAGAAAUUUGUUACAAAUACUUCAUGGAAUCUUGAUAUCAUAUUUUUAGGAAGAAAUCAAGUAUAUCAGUUCAUGAAUUCUCGGAGCUUGUCUCUUAUUAAGAGUAAUGAAAGUUGUAAGAUUGACCCAAAUUCUUUUAAGAGGUACCAUUGUUUUCCUGGUGAUAUUCUUAUUUCUCAAUUCAAUGACGCUUCUUUUGGGCAACCUCGUGUGGAAAAUCGUAAAAGUGGUAAAUUUUUCAGCUCAUUGACUACAACAUUCCCAAAGUUUGUUUAUUAUAAUGAAUUUAUUUUGAUAAAUAGAUUGUUACAAUAUGUUAAAUCUGCAGAAAGAAAGAAUCUUAAUAAUGUUGAAUCAUCACAAUAUUUCCAUGACUUGAGGCCCCUUCUCAAUGACGAAGAAAAAAGAGGAUUUCAGGAUGUUGAGUUAUUUGAUCACGAUAUGGCAAUGUGUGUAGCUUAUUGUCUUUUCGGUGCUUUGGAACCCACAUCUGUUCACGUCAAAAAUAGAAUUUUUUGCCAUAAAGAAGAUAUAGAAAAUUUGAUUCAAAGUUUCAUUGAAAUAGGGUCACAAAAUAAUUCAUCUUCAUCAAUAAUGUUUUGCUCCGCUAGUGAUCUUAAAUCAAAACCUUUACCAGCAUUUGAAGAACAGGAAAGAUCUGUUAUGACUCCAAAUUUAGUUCUUUUAAAUAAGAAAGUCUCCGAUUCGAAUUAUUUUCAUUAG